GCUCCACACCACGAACACACCACAAUCAGUCCGCCAGCUCCCGAAGCCACUCUGAUAAGCGUCCAAGUGCUUACUGCUUACCACAACCCGGAAAAAUAACUCUUCCUCUUCUCUUCUCUUGGGACAACGCUGCAGGGCGUGCAGUACGCGUGUGUACGUGCGUAGUUCAAGCUCCAAGAGAGUCCAUGGCAACGCCUCGGCGCCGUGGUGUCUCCUCCCCGGCGGCGGCUGCUGCUCUUGCCCUGCUUCUCCUCCUCGUGUCAUCUUCCUCCCACCGCCCGGCGCACGCCGCUCGCCCACUGCAUCCCAGCGCAGUCACUACUCCUGGUCCUCGCCAAGUAGUGAUCGAAGUGAAGGAGGAAGCAGUGGCUGCAGAAGAUGGCAUGGUGCUCCAGCGGGUUCAGGAGGAAGCUGCCAAUAAUGGCGUCGAUAAGCCCGCCGUUUUCUCCGAGGCGACGGCGCUAGCGGCGGCAGAGGAUCAGGAAGAUCAGGAGGCUGCCGCUUGCGAGGAGGACGAUGAGUGCAUGCAGAGGAGGCUGCUCCAUGACGCGCACCUCGACUACAUCUACACGCAGCACAAGGGCAAGCCAUGAGCUCGCCCAUCCUUUCGUUCACCGGAGCCCGGAAACAAGUUAAUUAGUUAAUUGACGAAUGCAUUGAUGCAGAGGACACUGCUGAGUUGACACCAGGAAUCAUUCGAGACGACCAUCUAUCACGGUGGUUCCUCCCAUCAAUCAUCGCAUAUAUCUUAUCUAGCCAGCUACCUGCUGCUUUGGCUAUAUCCGCCUAGGCUACGUAUAUUUGCGUGUGUUCCGUACAAUCAUCAUCAUCAUCGGUAUGUAAUUAGUAGUACAUCUCUAAUACUAGUCUAUCUAAUCAAUGGCAAUAUACUUCUCUUGCUCGAA